CGCUCGCGCAUGCCAGUCGCAUUUUAGGCGCAGUGCGCGCUUCGCGCCUUUUUUAUCUGUGAUUAGUGAUUUUGACGUUACAAUGAAAUAAACAUAAACAUAAUGUUUUGUAAAUAUUAGUCGUAAUUACUAACAAAAGUGUUUUUGUUUUUUAAUUCACAUAUUACGUGUAACUUAAUAAUGCUAUUUGGUUGUAAACAAAUUAAUUUAUUUGAUUAGAUACGAAAUAGGAAAUUAAUAAAUUUAAAUUAAAGAAAUCCCAUGAAACAACAAAGAAAAUAACAGAAAUAAAGCAUUGCGUAACAUUCUAUCCACUUAGGAUUCCAUCACUUUUUUUACUUUUUGUAAUUCAAGUUGGAGCGAGUGUAGGCGGCAAUUUAAAUUUAUAUUUCGAACGGUGAUGCCAUUACGUUGAUACCAUUCAAAAUUUGAAUUUUAUGUUUGUAGUAAGUGUUGUUACAAGUGUAAAGUGUAAGAAACAUAUGUGAUAUUGUUUGUUUGGUGCAAGUGGGGGGCGGGCUUAUGGGGCAAUGUGUAUCCCGGGACCAUCCGGGCGCUUACGCCUUCUCCCGACACUAUGAUGCUGAAAGCUUGGCCAGCAGUGUAAGCGGAUAUGUUAGAAAAGGUCACUCAGAGUCGAAGAGUGCGAAGAAGCGUGAGAAGAGUGCGGGGGGCAACGGCAACGGGAAGGGGAAGGGAAAGCCGACACGCGGCGUGGCCACUUCCUUCGGCUUCCGCCGCCGACCCGCCAGCACCUCGAGGGCAGACACAUCGCGCAACCACAAACACGACAACAAUGGAAAUGGAGGGUCGACUGAGGAUUUGCGUGCUGAAGAAGUACUGUCAGGAAGGUCCACACCUCUCGCCCGACCACGUAAAGAAACCGCUGGACAACCGCUUCGGACCAACAGGUUCGGUUUCAGGCAGCCGCACAGUAAGACAGCAAAGGUGGCCGACGUGAAUGUAGCCGCGGAGCCGGCGUUCAACGCACCACUUAAAGAUAAGGACACCGCCAUCAAUAACAAUGCUUUAGAUAAAAAGAGUACAAAUUCGCAAUAUAAUCAGUUGCCGUUGGUGGCAACUCAAGUUGCUACGACAGGAGUGACGACAGUGAUUGGUGCGGGGGGGCUGCCGAAACCUGUCACCAAACAAACCGUCAUACUAACAUACCAGACACAACAAUAUCCAACACAAGAUGGGCGUGUAAAACCCUUACCGAGGGAGCAAAGCGUACGUGGGACGUCGGCUACCCGAGUGCCGGGGGGCGAAGGCCAGAAGCCUCCCGGGAAAUACACCUUCCAGACGAACCAACUGCCGCGCCCGCAGUACCCCGCCGUCAAGAACAUCGACCCUAAAGCGGCUAAACAGGUGGUCAAUAAUACAAGAAAGGCGACUGCGGCAGACGGAUGGAGAGAAGGUGUGUCCGUAGUGCGACAGAACUCUCCCAUGUCGACGCUGGAACGCUACAGAACACGCACCAGGCCUGCGAGGAUUCAAACCGAGUACAAAGAUGAAGAGAAGUUCGUUAUGGAUAGAGCACAACCAGAAAAGUUUGAUAAACAGAAGUCGUUUACGAACUCAAGCGGCGUGGUGUCGCCGACGGCGGUGUCCAGCAAAGAGUCGAGUCCGUCCUGCAAGAGCGAGGAGAGUCACUUCGGUACCGCGGCCUGGCAGGCGCACGCCGCCGGAGAGGCCAUGGCUACCAGAUCUCAAGACGACGUAUCUCUGGCGCUGAGCGUGUCGAGUUGUGAGGACGAGAAGUCGAAGCUGGAGGCCAAGGAGAACCAGAAGGAGGUGCAGGAGGUGCAGGAGGUGCCCACCAAGACGAUAGUGAUAGACGAGCCGCCGCACCCCCUGCUCAUGAAGUCCCUCACCCUCAGCCAGCAUGACUCCCUCCGCGCGACUAUGAUGGGUUCAAUGACAAGCUCCAACUACAGUACAACCAGUACAUGCACAAACCAAAGCAACGACCACCACACGCUGACCCUCACUCUCGAGGAGUCCAAGUUCGACAUCUCAGCACUGGAGACUUCCACUCAAAGUCUUCUGGACGACGAGACCUCGCCAGCUGACAGUCUCAUCUCGUCUACCAGCACCAGUGACAGUAACAAUGACCUGCAGGUGGAUAGAGACGCUCCUUCUAUAUCCAGUGCGUAUCAGACUGCUAACACCAAGACCAAGUCGCCGGAUCCCAUCGUAGAAGAGGUGGACAAUGUCGACGGAGAAGUCUUGCCACCGGUGAAGGAAGUCAAAAAUACGGAUGGGAGUCCUUCACUGAAGCGGGCGGAUUCUGAAGCCAGUAAACUGCGAAGGUCAAAAGAACGCAUCACUUCAAGUCCUCUAGCACAAAGAAGUAGGAAACUGGGCGGCAGCCGCAAUGGCGGCGAGCGCACGCCGUCCCUGGACACGCUGUCCAGCCUCGCCUCCGACGACCUCAUGAUGGAGAACGACCUCGCUAACUCCAUCACCAGUCUGCAGAGCGUCGACGAUUACAUUGAAAGGUUGGACAGUUCUCUGCGCAGCGGGCUGAACUCUCUGGACGAGGUGCAGCUGCGCCAGGAGCUGUCGUCGUCGAAGGCGAUGGUGCGCCAGUGGAGCCAGCUGCUGGAGAAGAACACCAUACUGGACCGGCAGUUGGCCGCCAUGGCGCAGGGCACUGCCGACUCCCUCACGGCCAGCAAUAACAGCCUCACCAGCGCGGGAGCGAGCCUGCCUGUACGCACAGCGCGGUUGCUGCAGAGAUCACGCACAGCCACACCUGCUGAGAGCGAGGGCAGCACUUCACCUGCGCCGGCGCCUUCGUCCCUGCUGCAAGAUGUCGUCGACAUCAAGACCUUGUUGCUGCAGCUCAAACGAGUCCUACAGGAGCCCGGGGAGGAGCUUCAUUCGAUGAGUAGCGAAACUCUCGACCCGUUGCUGGCGGCGUGCGCGGAGAGCCCCGCGCGCGGCAACGGGCGGCGAUUAAAAGCUCGUAUCUUGUUUCAGUUGCGGCCACCGAUGAGCACGGCGCUAACGAGUUCUGAAAAUUCCGGAUUAGUGAGUUGGAAUGAACAAUCGAGCGCACGGAAGCUGCCGUCGUAUAGUGAAGCACAAAAGACUAAGAGACCUGUAACCAACGGGACCGUGAAAUGUCAGUGCGGUGCGAGGAAAGUGAACGGAGUGACCGAGGAGGACGGACACACGGACAGACAGACAGCAGUGCUAAUCAAAACUAACAGCCGCGUCGGCACUAAAUACCUUCAAGCGCUCGCCAAGAGCUCCGACAGCAAGAGGUAUACGAAGCGAGACUCCUCCUUAGGCGACAAGAGCGACAGAAAGACUCUAUACACCUCACGAUCUAGGUCCAUCGAGAACUUCAGUCGACAGUCCGUCGAGCCAUUCAAAUCUACGAUAACCGACGAAUCUACGUUAAAACAUCACACGUCGUACGGUGACCUUUACAAUGGAAGGAUAAGCAGCAAAGAAAGUGUGAAUGGGAACAGACACAGUCCCAGUCUGAAUGGUCAAUCGACGGACACUGAUUACAGUUCAGACGGAGGCUACAAGUCCCUGCCUUCCUCUAUAAACUACGGCCAGUCGACUAAGAAAGUGAGCGGUAUACCUCGCAGGUCCCUCGAGCACAAGUUUCUAACAAAUAAGCAAGUUAAAGCGAGUGCUGUCUGAUAUCUAUUGCGUAUUAUCAAUUCGAUCUCAAUGUUGCUAUUUAGUUUGACAUUAAAUUCCUGUUAAAUAAUAUUACAAUUUAUAUAGCAUUAUUUUAUAAGAUGAAUUAAAAUCCUAUAUGUAUCAGUGACAGUCAAUUUAAAAUAUAAUUGAUGAGAAUUGUGUAAUGAAAUUUAUUGUAAUUUACCUGAAUCGUAAACUAAUCGAGAAUGGUUGAGAUAACAGACUGCUAUUUGUUUUCCUGAAAGCUGGGUAUUGCCAGAUCAAAAAAUUCUGAAUUAUGCAAAUUAUAUGCGCUAUUAGCUUAACAGCAAAUACUCGUAGAAUAAAUAAAAUUGAGCAGCCUAACAGCUUAAGCAGUUUGAAGGUAUUUAGUCGUCAUAAAGUUACGUCGUCCAUUUUUAAUAUUUUAUAUUAAAACAGGACUUCUUGACUUGUUGAUCGAGUCUUUUAUAGUAAUUCAAAAACAUAUUUUUUCUCAAUAAUUAACUUUAGUAAUUUGAUCUUUGGUUUUAUUUUUAUUUUAUCUGUGAUCUAAAGAAGUCCUGUUUUAAAUUUAAGCUUAUUCGCAUUUACUUUCAAUUUAAAAUGGUUAAGCAACAUUUAGUUGGAUGCCAAAUUAUCGACAUUAGAAUUAUUCGAUAUUAUUAUCGAUGUUUACAAUUAUUUCGAUUAUGACUCGAUUCGUAGCAUUAUAAUGUUAUGUUUCGUUAUAUUUGCAAUGUGCAAUUUAUAUUUUAUUUUAACACUGACCCUGCUGUAUAUUACAGUUAGCGGAAUAUACUCACUUCAAACGUAUUUGAUAGUUUUUAUUUUUUUUAAUUUUGAUUAGAAAGUCUAACGAUGUAGAUUUUCUAUUGUAGAAAGAAGUAUUUAGAAGAUGUAAUAUGUGAUAAGAGUGGCUGUAAGACUUCAUUUUGUUUUCUAUAAAAACAAACUUCCUUAUUAAAAUACUUUUAUAACUAAAAAAAUCACUAUGGUUUCCUACACAUAGACAAGAUAAAUGAGGUAUCAAAUCGGUACAAAAUAACGCUUAAAGGCAUUUUUUAUUUAUGUAAUUUUGGAAGCAAUUGUCUUAUUGAUGUUAAUGUAAUAUUAAAUUUUAGUCCUUUAUAGCAAAAUGUAAUCUUCCGCAAAGCCUAACUAUCCUAUAUUGAUAACUAGAUGUUAAAACGUACUUUCCAUGCAUACAUUUUUAUGUACUUACGGCUAUUUAUGUUUAUGGAGCGCUGAAUUGUAUGUCAGUAAAAUAUAAAUAAGUUCCUUAGAGUUAGUGAAAACUAUAUUAUCAAUAUUAAUUUAAACGAGGAAACCGAUGUUUCAAUAAAUAAUUUUAAUUUUGAUGUGU